UCAUCAGUAUUGUUGUCAUCAUGCCGGGUGGACGGGGAGCGCCGCGCCUGCUGCUGCUGCUGCUGUUGGUGGCGGCGCUGGGGACGCGCUGCCAGGGGAGUGACCUGUUGGGCUGCGGCGGAUACGUCAGGAGCGACGUGGACAUUAACUACGCACAAGUUGGAGUCAAGCUGUACACCAAGCAGGGGAACCUUAAGUACGAGACUGAGUGUGCCCCAAACAAUGGCUAUUACUUCAUGCCUCUCUAUGACAAGGGGCAGUACAUCAUAAAGGUGUCUCCUCCCUCGGGCUGGAGCUUUGACCCUGAGGAAGUGUCUGUGAAGGUUGACGGGGAGACAGACGCAUGCAGCCUGGGCAAGGACAUCAACUUCCACUUCAAGGGAUUUGCUGUGAUAGGCAAGGUUGUGAGCAUUGGCAGCACCUCUGGGCCCGAGGGUGUCAGUGUCUCCCUGUACCGUGGUGACGCUCUCAUCCAGUCCACGCAGACCUCCAGUGAUGGGUCCUACGUGUUCACACCACUCUCCUCGGGCACAUACACGGUGCUGGCCUCGCACCCCACGUGGAGCCUCAGCAAGGACAAGGUGACAGUAGAGGUUGCAGAUGAGAACGGUGAUGCCGGCGCCUCCAUUGUGGUGGGCGGCUACUCCCUCUCUGGCUCUGUCAUUACUGACGGACAGCCGACCUCGGGGGUCAACUUUGUCCUCCACGCACAAGACAGCUUGGUGGCACAGCCAGCCUGCACGUCUGGGAGUCCUGCCGGCUACGAGAACACUGUGGCCCUGCCAGCUGUUUGUUACAUGGUUUCUGAUGUUAGUGGCUCCUUCUCCUUCGGCCUGGUCCCCCCCGGCACCUACACCCUCGCCCCGUACUUCCACUCCCCCACCACCAAGUAUGAGGUCACACCAAGCAAGGUGGAAGUCACUGUUGGCCACAAUGAUGUCCUCCUGCAGCAGCCAUUCAAGGUGGAAGGGUUCAGCAUGAGCGGCCGAGUGACCAAGAGCGCCGGCGGCCAGGUGGUGGCGGGUGCCCGGGUGGUUCUGGACCGGGGGAGGGCGACUGUCACCGAUGAGGACGGACUCUACUACUUUGAGAACAUUCAGUCUGGGAAGCACAAAAUCAAAGUCACGGCAGACAAGUAUGAGUUUGAUGAGACAGUUGUGAGCAUCAGCCCCAAACAGCCCGUGGUGGCCGACCUCUCCCCUGUCAAGUAUGAAGUGUGUUUCUCUGUGUCCGUCGAGAAGACAGCCUCACACAGCGGCCCCUGGACCAUCAAGAUAACAAGCGUAGGCAGCGCCGCACAAAGCCUGCAGACGGACACAGGUGGCCGGGGUUGUGUCUACCUCACGCGUGGCUCCUACUCGGCCUCGGUCAAGCUUUCACAGGCAGCAGAUGAGGCGGGCAUGAGGUUUGGGCCUCUGGAGCACCUGUUUACAGUCACCUCAGAGCCAAUAGAGGACCUGGCUUUCUCCCAGUUCUUGGGCGAGAUAUCCGGCCAAGUGACCUGCCUGGAAAAGUGCCCCAGUCUGAUGGUGAGCCUCCAGCCGUCCCAGGGCAGGUCCGGCACCCCCCGCAGCGUCACGGCCAAGGACGGAAGGUUCUCCAUCACCGAUGUGGUGCCCGGCUCUUACCUCCUCAGCGUGCAGAAGGAUGACUGGUGCUGGCGGCUCAAGACCAUCCCGGUAACGGUCAACACACACAACGUUGAGGUGUCCCUGGAGCAGGUGGGCUACCAGCUGACGCUCGCCUCCUCCCAUGAAACCACCCUCAGCUACUCCACGGAUGCCGGGGCUGCAGGAACCAUCAUCGCACAGAAGGGCAGCACGCUGGUGUGCAUGUCGGCCCCCGGCCUGUACGUCCUCACACCGGUGGGGUGCCACAAGUUUGGGUCGGCUCAGGUCCAGUGGAACACGUCGUCACCACACCUGGUCACUCUUUCGGCCACCAAACAUCAGCUGACCGGUGCCGUGCGGGCCACUGAGGUGGCUCCCUUCACUGUCGAGGUGCAGUCCAGUGGCAGCAAGACCGUCCUGGGGCCACUCAACCCCUCCCCCGAGGACCCGCACCUGUACGUGUUUGAGCUGUGGGUGCGUGAUGGGGAGACCAUCACCCUCACUCCCGGCUCCCCCACCAACCUGUACCAGUAUGAGCCAGCCUCCCACACUCUCACCAUGCCAGGCGAUUGCGUCCUCAACACGGUCACCUUUGAGGCCGAGCGAGCGCUCUUCAUCCAUGGCAGGAUUGUUCCGCCCAUUGCCGACGUGACCAUCACAGUGGAGGGCGAUGGCAAGGCCUACACCUACACCUCAGACUCAGGUGGUAAGUACGUUGCGGGGCCGUUGGACAACUCCGUCCAGUACUCCGUUAGUGCAGAGAAGCGGGGCUACGUCAUGAACGCCCUCGCUGAGAAGGGACACUUUGAGGCGUACAAGCUGGCAGAGAUUGUGGUGGAAGUGAAAGACGAGAACGGGGCCGCCCUGCCAGGGGUGCUGCUGUCCAUGUCAGGAGGAAAGAGUUACCGGCAGAACAGUCUGACGGAAAGUGACGGAUCCAUUGGCUUCCUCUCCCUGACCCCCGGUGACUACUUCCUGCGGCCCAUGAUGAAGGAGUACAUGUUUGAGCCGGCCUCCAAGAUGGUCACCGUGGAUGAGGGCGCAACCAUUGUCAUCAAAAUCAGUGGGUUGCGUGUUGCCUACAGUGUUUACGGCCACACAGUGUCUCUGAGUGGUGAGCCGGAGACUGAGGUGGUAGUGGAGGCAGUGGGACAGGGGCCAGAGUGUGACCAGUACCAGGAAGAGGCCGUGUCAGAUGCCCAAGGCAGCUUCAGGAUCAGAGGACUCUACCCCAAGUGCCAGUAUGAGUUGAGACUGAAGAAGGGCAGCGGCAUCAACCAGCAUGUGCAGCGGACUCUUCCCUCGAUGCGCCUGGUCCUCGCCGACAACAAGGACGUGCGUGACCUGCGACUCAUCGUGCUGCGGCCGUUCAACCAGAUGGAUGUGGCCGCCAAGGUGGACACGGACCCCCAACACCUGGCCUCCCUUGUGGCCCAGCUGUACCGUGAGGACCUUCCAGACUCCCCCCUGCAGACCAUCAAGCUCGGCCUGCACCCGUACUUCAUGCUGCCGCCCAUGACUGCUGACAGACGCACGUACUUCCUGCGUCUGGAGUCCAAUCUGCCGACCUCCCAGUACCAGUAUUCAACGUCAGAAGUCACCUUUGUGGCCGACGCUGCCUUCAAGCACCUAAACCUGAGCUUCAAGCCAACUCUGAGAAGUGUGGAUGCUGAAAUGAACCAAGGAACUGUUGUUGGAUUUGCAAUUGCAAUUAUGUUGGUCACUGUAGCCUUCAAUUAUGACAAGAUGGGGUCUCUGAUUGAGAAGCUGUCCCAGGUGGCAGCGGCCAUCACUGCCCCGCGUGCCGUGCAGAAGGCUACCUCGUCUGCCUCAGAAAUGCCUCCCUCAGAAUCGGGGCGGAAGAGAGUCAAGUCCAGGAAGGUUUGACCAACAUGGUGUUAAGGUUAAUUUUGUUUGUUUCAGUGCAAAUUUAUUUAUCUUUCUUAUUUGAGAUUUUUACUUGAUCAUGAGAGGUAAGUUAUGUAAUCAUGCAAAAGUCAAAUUUUCUAUUGAUUUAUAAGUCUUAAGUAUAGGGUAGUGCUAUUUGAAUCGUUUGUGUGGUACAAGGCAGAAUUAUUUCCUGUAGUCCCCCUUCUUAAAUAUUCCCUUGCCCAGGCUCCUCUACAAACUCUUGGUAGGCCAGGUUACAAGAGACAACUCUUAUGUGAGUAUGUACUGUUUACAGGUAGCACAAUAUUUUGAAUUGCCAGUGAGAAGUCUGUAAAUGGUACAAUUGUUAACUGUUUGUUACAAGUUGAUGGGUUCUAUUGAGUGUUGUUCUACAUCACAUGCCUUGAUGUCCACCUACACUGGAUGAACAUGGCCUAGGGUGUCCCACACAGCCUGACACACCAGAACACUUCCUGCUCCAGUGCCCACAAUUACACUUCCUCUGCAUUAUCCUCAAAGCAUCCAUGACCAAAUUCAACAUCCACAUACCAAUUCUAGUGGACUUGCUGAGGAGCAACUCCCUCAGCCCCAACACUGUCUUCCAAGUCUUCAAGUGCACAACAACCUUAGUUCCUACAGAAGUCAUGUCAACUUGACGGGAUCUACCCUGGAGGCACAUCACCUCAACACCAGUCACAAGGAACUUACGCUGUUGGGGCUUUAGAGGUAGUGGUUCCAUGGCCUCACCAACCCCUAAAACACUGAUGAAGAAUUUAUUUUUAGUAAAGCUUUGCGUUUGUGUGAUGCCUGCAGCAAGUGAAGACCAGUCGUGGUCUUGUGUAAAUGGUCCCUUGAGCUGCACACACUCUGGUCCCAAAGAGCAUGAGAUCAAUUAGUGUAAUUCUUGAGUAGUUCAAGCUGUAUAAUUUUUCCUAAAAAUAUGAGGCGUCCAGUGGCAGAAGGCCAUGUUGACCAAUUUAGGGAAAAUGGGAUAUCAAUGGAUUCUUCCUCAGUAUAAUUGACUCUACCAUAUGUGAUGAAAUUCCAAAUGAUUCUGACAUUUACUUCCCAUGAAAAUGAAGCUUAGGGUUAAGUGAUUUUGACAGCUGAUAUUGCCCUCCAGGAACCUGCUAUCCUUGGCAAAAGGGUGACCCGACAAGACAACAGCUAUUUAGUGUUAUUAGUGUAUUUAGUGUUUCCAUCUGCCAGCUCGGCCAGCCACAUGCUGCUUUGCUAUUUAGUGUUUCCAUCUGCCACUUCAGACAACCACAGGCUGCCUUGCUAUUUAGCGUUUCCAUCUUCCACUUUAGCCAACCACAGGCUGCCUUGCUAUUUAUAGCAGUAUCAUCCUUGAUGUAAAUCAGACGGCAGAGGCCACAUGUAUCUGUUGGCGUGAAUGAAUAUGCUGUAAGCUCGUGUCCAAGUUCUCAUGCUGUUUAGGACCCCACUGUACAGAUGCACAAAGUUGAGAAUGUGACCAAUUGUUCAUCUACUUUGUUCAUGGUCAUUUAAGAUGUUCAUGGUCAUUUAAGACAUUUCCUAAGUUGUACCUAUCCUUUGCUGCACAAAGUUAAUAUAAAUUAUUGUAAAAUAAAGUUCCUUUGAAUUA